UGGGAUUUUCAUGAAAGAAAAGCUUCAUGUCAACACUCAUAAAUAUUCAUGUAUUCAUCUUUCAUUUAUUGGAAGCUUGUGCACUGAUUAAAAGAAAUUAUUUAGGCAUUGGUAAUUAAAAGGGCGCUAAUUGAACACGGCUUUUUUCUUAUUAGUAGUUCCACUAUACAUGAUUCAUUCCUGGAAACCUUCAAAAUCAUCCGGAAAUUAUGCACCUGUAAAUAAAGCACUACCAAUGAUUUUUGCUGUAAAUUACUUAAUGUGAUUCUAAUAAUAAUAAGUUAAAUAAGGAAAACUGAAGAAAUGUUAAUGUUCCCACUGAGGAUUUAAAACUGUCUGUAUCUUGAGAAAAACUUGUACUCUUUUUAAAAAGUGGUUCAUGUUUUUGCUUGAUCAAAAAUACUUUUUUUUAAUGUAGGUUUUGUAAAUUCCUCAAGCUUUUUUUUUAAGCUUUUAAGAAGCUUUUAAAGAGCCUGAUUCUUUACAUUGUGAUCUGAACAGUUUCUGGACACGCCUCGGUGUCAGCCGGUGGUUUGCAUGCCUGCGGGAUGUUGGAAUCGGUGUUAACGGCACUCACUGCGUGCUUUGCGCCACAUUUGGUUCCUCUGCUGGUGGCAUUUCGUGCUCAGAUCUUUGGCUCGCAGUAAGAAGUUAAAUUCCAGGCAGAACGUCUUCUGAGGGGGCAACUGUUCAGCUUGUGGGCCCUGGCAUCUGACCCCGCCUGUCCAAAAUUAGCCGGUUUGUGAUCACUGGCAGCCGGUUUUCCAGGAUAGUAAAGCGUUUCGUAUUUCCUGCUGGAGGUCAAAGGGUCACUGAUUGAUAACGUGGGGGAAACGGGACUCGUCCAGUUCAGCUGCGGACAGAGUCAGUGUGCUUUAUCAAACCUGUCCGCUCAUGUUUAACUGAUGAGAGUUUUCUGUCUCUGAACAGGGUGUGAAGAUCACAAACCGCCAAAAUGUCUGAGGGAAAGAAAAUGACAUCCAGCCGCAGGCAUCAUCUGAAGAGCUUGAUGCUGCAGAUCGCUGCCAACUGGAUCGAGCAGGAGAAGAAGGAAAUCGAGGAGGCGAAGGAGGCCUACAUGGCCGAGAACUGCCCCGCCCCAGACCUCAGCGGAGACCAGGCUGCCCUCAUGGAAAUUUGCAAGAAGCUCCAACUGGCCAUCGACAAGAUCGACGACAUGAGGUACGACGCCGAGGCCAAAGUUCAGAAAGCCGACAAAGAGAUCGAGGAUCUGAAACUGAAGGUGGUCGAGCUGGCCGGAGUGAAGAAACCCGCCCUGAAGAAAGUGCGUAUGUCUGCUGACGCCAUGCUGCAGGCUCUGCUGGGAGGAAAACACAAGGUGACCAUGGACCUGAGGGCCAACCUGAAGCAGGUCAAGAAGGAGGUGAAAGAGGAGUCAACAGAGGCCGUCGGCGACUGGCGUAAAAACAUCGAGGACAAAGCCGACAGGAAGAAGAUGUUCGAGACUUCCUAAAACCCUCCUGGACCGACGAGGACGACAGCAGGGGAGACGUUUCUGUCUGAGGUCUGAGUGACUCUGAGCCCCAGCAGGACACACAGGGAAAGGAGUUUAGACACUUUUUUUGGUUCGUUGUUUUUUUUUUUGGUUGUUUUUGUGAUAUAUACCAUUGCCUGAGAGAGAAUGAACUCAAACAAAGAAACAGCUAAAGCAUCUGACACAGAAACAUUAGUUCAAACUGUACAAGAUUUCAUGGAGUCAUUAGAAAUAAAUGUUAUGCAAUAAGGAUUAAUUUGUUUGCUACUUUUAUCCGUGUUUUAUCCUUCUUCAUUUUGUUUUUCCCAAAUUACAUUUCCUACAGUGAUUUACUCAGUCAGUCUUAGAAAUCAGUCAUUUCUGGACAAAUUAAACUUUGUUCUAUUUAAUUUAAAUUAACAUAAAAGUGUAA